AAAAGAAAAGCCGAGAAAAGCCCCAGGACUCACCGCUCCUGGUGCAGCCUGGAGGCUUUGGGGGCUCAUGCAUAUGCACACAUGGAUACGUUUGCAGAGAGGGAGGAAGAUGAGGCAACUCCUGCUGGAAAAGGGCUUGCUGGAAGACUUCCUGAAGCACCACCACUAUGACAUCAGCACCAAAUAUGCACGCUCGUCUGGUUCCCAGGGGGUCUCUGAGCCACUCUUGAACUACUUGGAUACAGAGUACUAUGGAACAAUCUACAUCGGGACCCCCCCUCAGGAGUUCAGCGUUGUAUUUGAUACCGGUUCAUCCAACCUCUGGCUUCCCUCCACCAACUGCAAGAGUGCAGCCUGCCAAAAUCACCGGAGGUUUGAUCCGUCAAAAUCUUCCACCUACCAUGGCACAGGGACCAGCAUAUCCAUUCAAUAUGGCACAGGCAGCAUGGCCGGGGUUGUGGGAUAUGAUACAGUGUUAGUCUCCUCCUUCAGCAACACCAACCAGCAGUUAGCACUGAGCACCAGUGAACCAGGACCCAUUUUCUUCUACAGUAAUUUUGAUGGGAUCCUGGGCAUGGCUUAUCCAGAUCAAGCUGCUGAUGGGCUUUUUCCUGUCUUUGAUAACAUGAUGACCAAGAACGUGGUGCAGCAGCCCUUGUUUUCAGUGUACCUCAGUCAAGACCAAACUGGUAGUGUGGUCAUUUUGGGGGGAAUUGAUGAAUCUUACUGUACUGGCCCUAUCCACUGGAUCCCUGUCCCUUACCAGAGCUAUUGGCAGAUCUCAAUGGACAGCAUCAUUGUGAACGGCAAGGUGAUCGCCUGUGAAUCUGGCUGCCAAGCUAUUGUUGAUACCGGCACUUCUCUCUUGGCUGGGCCUGCAGCAGAUGUCAUCAACCUACAGAAAAUCAUUGGAGCUACUCCAGGACAGCAUGGGCAGUAUAAUGUCAACUGCAAUGACAUUCCCAGCAUGCCUGAUGUCAUCUUUGUAAUCCAUGGGAUCCAGUUCCCUCUGCCUCCUUCAGUCUACACUGAGAAGUUUGGUCAAGGAGAUUGCACUAGCAGUUUUCAAGCAAUGGAUACGAACCUGUGGAUCUUGGGAGGUGUAUUUAUAAGGGAGUACUACACCAUCUUUGACAGGGAAAACAACAGGGUUGGUCUGGCCAAGUCUGUUUAAACAUCAUCCAACAACAGGUGCUACGAUUCAUCCUGUAUUCAGUUUACCAUAAUUAUAUUUCGGUGUUCAAGAGGAGGUUGGACAAGCACCUUGUUCAGCUUAUUUGAGCCCAAUUACCUCCUGCCUGUGGCAGCGGACCGGACUUGCUGAUUUUACAAUUCCCCUCUGGUCCUUCUUUGUAUGAUUGUAUGGUUCUAUUUAACUAGAUAGUAAAGUCUUAGUAGUAUGUGAUUAUGUCUCUGUAAACAGUUGCUCUGGUGUACAGUUGAUAACCUUCUUAUCAAGAGAUAAAGAAAGUCGGAAUGAUUCAGAAUUGUUUGACCACACAUUCGUUUGUAUACAAAAUAAGCCACAAAACACUUCCCAUUUCAAAUUGCUAAACAAGCAUAUCCUCCCACAGGCUCACAGAGCCACACUCAAUUCCCCUAACUCUUUCUACCAUACCAUGUAAGUAAUUUUGCCGAAGUCUUUGAAUGAGAUCCUCAGUGGGUGUAAACUGCCAUUGCUCCACUGAAGUCAACACUGCUAUAUAGCUCUUAUUAUCUGAGAAGCUGUCCCCUACCUGGUUACUAUUGCCACAGUAUCUGAGCGCCCCAUUACAACACCACCCUUGUGAGAGAGGGCAGUGCCAUCAUCCACAGCUACAGAGUGUGAUGGAGGCAGAAAGAUGCUUCAUGACUUGUCCCAGCUCACAAAGGAAGUGUGUGAUGGGUGGGGACUGAACUUGAGUUAGCAUCCACUCGCUGGACCAUCCUUCAUCUUUGAGACUUCCCUUGAACUAAGGUGCUAUUCACAAUCAGUGCUGACACUUUAAAAAGAAAAGCUACACUUCGAAAAGCAACUUCAAGCUGUCCUAAUUAAGCACUUGGAAGUUAGGGAAUACCACAGUUAUGGUUGUACACACAAACCUUGCUCUGACAUUUCCUU